CCCAGUAAGAAAGCCCACUCCAACAUCGCAAGUCCUACCGCCAACAAGAGACCGAAAACCCUACUCAUAAUUUACAUUGACGUCGAGCAGUCUCUCCGUCAAAAUCCCCGGAGACCACAUCUUACGGAAUUCUUCUCGGCGACGGAAGCAGAAGAAGUAGCAGGAAAUGGGCAAAGGUACAGGAAGCUUUGGGAAGCGAAGGAACAAGACCCACACCCUCUGCGUCCGAUGUGGCCGCCGGAGCUUUCACCUCCAGAAGAGUCGCUGCUCCGCUUGCGCUUACCCCGCCAGCCGCCUCAGAAAAUAUAACUGGAGCGAGAAAGCGAUCCGCAGGAAGACAACAGGGACGGGCAGGAUGAGAUAUCUACGCAAUGUGCCUCGACGCUUCAAGACCAAUUUCAGAGAAGGUACGGAAGCAGCACCAAGGUCUAAAGGAACUGCGGCUGCCUCCUCCUAAAACUCCAAGUCUUUCUCUGUUCAUUCUGCAGUUUUUAGUUUGUCUGAAUGACAGCUCUUUUAUGAACUGCCAAAGUUUUGGGAUCAAAAUCUAUGUUCGAUACUAGUGGAUGAUCAUAUGAAAUCAUGGCACUUUCUGAUGUCGAGAAACUAAAUUAGAGAACCAGUGGCUUUCAAGUGUUGGUAUCAUCGUCACUCGUUGUUCCCUAUUUUUGCUGUUCUUUUUACUUAGGCACGAUGAUGAUGAU